GUCAUGAUGUCCAAUAGAUAAACCAGUAUGACAAGUUUCAACUGUCACUCGACAACGAGUAAUUUGACGUUUUGCAGCGCCACCAUCCGUAGUUGUUCAACUACCGAUUCGAUCGCGAAUACACUUUUUAGCCAAAAACUUCACAGAAAUUAUUUACGUGCCCAUGUACUGGAUGGCGUUUUAUACAGAAAAACUAAACUUACAUCAAGCAAUCCUAAUCAAGAGUGUUUAUUUUAUCAACAAUGAAAAAUAAAAAAGUUUUAAAAACGUCUAUAAAAUCGUGCUGUUACAAUAAUAUCUGAUUCAACAAAGAUAAAUAUUUUUAAAUUACCGGGAAGAAACGCUGAAGCUGGCAACCACCGAAAAUGACAGAAAAUCUUUCGAACCAAUCUCGGACAAGCGUGUAAGUUAGGUACUAAUCCCUAAAGCAAUAUCAUCACUUUCCAUUCUGAUCAUUUUCGUUACCAACAUGGGUGUAUGAUAAUUACCAAAUGGGCGGUUUUCUUGAUAAACAAUUUUAUAAACGAUGAUGAUGAUUGAAAAGCAUUGAAAUAAAUAAUUUUGAUGACAUAACUUCGAGCCUUGUCAGGAUAAGCCAGUUGGAUGCAGUGGCAGGAGUUGGGCCUGAUGCCAGUAGCGGGAAAGUGCGCUUUGCUGGGAUGGGCGACAAACGGCAGAUUUUAUAAAUAAUGCAUUUGUGGCCCACUAGAAAUCCGUCCUGCAUUCUUAGAAGAAUAAACAAUUUUCUUUCGUUGGUUUCUAUGGUUUGCUGCUGGAAAUGUGCGAGAUGAGAAGAAAACUGAAAAAAUGGGUCUAGUUUAUUUUCACCAACUGAUGGUAUUUGAUUUUGUGAGCAGAAAAUUUCAGGUCUAGAAAUUAAAAGUCUAUGGAAUACUCUCAUAGAAGUAUGGUUAGUUUACAACACAGAUGUCGCCAUAUGCUAAAACGUGCGUAUUAAGUUGCCUAUACAUCCGAAAAUAUUGAAGAUUCUAUUAAAGAAAAAUUAAUUUAAUUAAAAUCAUCACCAUCAGCAUAAAAUUUACGAUAUAUUUUUCAGCAUUCCAAAGUAAUUACUUAAAUUGCAUCAGAAAAAUCAACUAGCGGUUGGCGCCCCUUCUUCAUAUCUCUAGCUAGCUUCACAUAGUUAGCCCGAGGGUAGCCAAUAGAAGUAAAUGAAGAAUAUCAGGCAACCAUACUUACAGCUCAUUAAGACUUUGGCACUACUUUGAAGGUUGAAGGUGAGGUCAUAGGUGAACUAACCUAGCAAAAAUGUAAAUAAACCGCAAAACAUGAGCUUUUUGAAAAAUGUCUGUAGAAAAUAUCAGGUGUACAACUACUUCAACCGGACUGUAUUGGGAAAAAGGCAUUUAAACACCGUAGUUCCCAGUGGUGGUUGCAGGUGCAGAUCAGUGGUGCGACUGACUAAACGAGGACUGUUCCUCAACGAGAAACGCGCCUUUGAUUCCACUAGUAUACCGGAAGUAGAUGAAAUAACCGGCAUUUACCCUUACACAGACGAUAAAGGCCUGAACCAGUCAGAUUUGACCAGGAAGAUUCUCUUCCAGGACAAUCCUGACGGCAAGUCUUUGGAAAUCUCCAAAUGUGCCUCUGUAGAGGAUGUGUUCAAAUUUGUGAGGACUAAUAAUGGCGCGUUGGACUACAAGUAUCUGUCUCAAAUAGUUUUGGCUCUGUACGAUUUGCAGACUAUAUUCAUCUAUCAAUACGAGAAAGAUGAGGAUGCUAGCAGAGAAAUCUUUUUUAAGAAACUACUAGAACACAAAGAGUUAUACAUGGUUUUUGACGCGAUCAAAAACAACUUAGCCUCCUUCGAACCGCAGUUUUUAAGUUACACUGUAAUGCAUUUGAACAAGCUGGGGCUAUCUGUGGAAAACGGUCUAAUCCAAGCCAUCGCCUUACAACUCAAGGACCAUCUUUUGCGCGACUUUUCCUUGAGCAUCGCUUCCCGCUUGUUUAGAGUAAUUUUUUUGGAAAACAGCAUUAGACCUUUUUAUAUUGCCCAAGACCUGAUUCCCCACGUUCUCAGGCACAUUGAGCUAGUCAACAGCACAAAAGACUUGGAGGACCUCAAUAUGUGUCUUUUAAAGCUCAAUGCUAUUCUCACUACCGAUGUUUUGCAACGAUACGAGGCCAAAGUGAGGGAAUUAAUCGAAGCUCGCGUUCUCACAGGCGACGAUUACAGACUAAUUCUCAAGAUGUUGUCUGUAUUCAAUCUUGCCAUGUGGAGAAACAAACACUCUUCAAUCAUAUCCAAAUGUAUUCUACUGAUGAAGGGCUCCAUUGACAAACUAAACCUGCACGAAAUGUACCACUUGUACGAUGUAUUUUUCAAAAACCAAGAACCCGGUGAUGUGCUCAACACGAUCCAACGAGCAGCAGCGCGAUUGCUUCAAGAAAUAGACGAAGCCGAAGAGGACCACAGCAACAAGCUGAAGCUGUUCUCUUCGGUAAUCUAUUUUUCCUCUCCAAUGAACAAGGCGCAGUUUCGUCGCGACAUUGCAAAGUACAUGAAUGAAACAGAGGACUUCAACAACCUGAUCACGCUGCGGAAGAUUUUUUCCUUCUUGAAAGUGUCCGAUCCGAAGCUGUGCGACCUUUACUGGAACAAGGCGUGCCAGGUGAUGAAGAAAGAGAAAGACUUUGCCAAGAUCAUGGAGAUCGUGAACAAUUAUGUGUAUUUUUGUGGGGAUAUUCCAGGCUUUCGGCACUAUGCGUUUGAGCAUCACGUAUCGACUGUGAUAGAGAAAGCUUUCAAAGCAGGCACGCUCACUCUGUUCCCGAACAAUUUUUUUUCCGCUUUUGCGUUCAUUUUGCUGUCCAGCUACAAUGAGAAGCUCUUCAACAGCUUACUGCUGGCCUUCAACGAGAUGCACACCCAAAUGGCGCCCAUGCACGUUUUCAAGCUCUCCAACGGUCUUCUAAUGGGGUCUCUGAGAAAAUCUACUGUGUCUAGUGUAUCUAUUGACACCAUUCAUCAGAAGUUGCAUCAACAAACCGUUCAACUGCACAGUAGGCUGCAAGAGGACAUCGUCGCAUCCGCUUUGCUGAUAAAGGGCGCCAUCCUGAGGAAAGAAACCGAAAACCAGCUUUUCGACGACAUGAUGUCCACCUUGGCACGGACCAAGCAUAUGUCCUCGAAAGUAAUGGAGCACAUCUGCUUUAUCCUGUUCUGCACUAAGUCGCUCAUUCCCGAAGUGCUGAAUCUUUGCACAAACUACAUCAUCGAGUACAAGGAGAACAUUGUGGGCUUCAACGUGGAGAAAAUCCUGCACAUGCUCUACCAGUUGAACUACGAGCCCGUCUACGAGAAGGAGUUCUUCGAAACUGUCAUAAAUAUCUUUAUUAGGGAUCAGGAUCGGAUGAGUGGGCUCAGUUUUCUGCAGGGCGCCCUCUCGCUGUGUUUCUUCCAGCAAAUGCCGAAAAGCUUCGUCAAGCAGAUAUUCAACGUGGAGUUUCUGGAUAAACUGGACGUGGAGCUGGCCAACUGCUACUUUCGGGAUAAGUACCCAAACCGGGUGCGGCGCGUGCUGAUGCAACUAAACCGGGCUGUUUGUCUAGAGUAUCCCGAGUACAACGUGCCGUGGUUCCAUCAGAAGUACAUCGAGGAAUAUCAGAAAACCAAUGCGAUUGAUGAUGUGGUUAAGCCCAUCCACCUUAGUGUUAAGAGCUACUUGCAGGGAGUUUUGGGUGAGGAGAAUAUUCGGGAAAACGUCACCCUGCCCUAUGGAUACGAGGUGAACUUUGUUUAUCAUCUGGACCGGCAGAAAAAGCCCACAAUGGACCUUAACGGGUUCAACACAACCAAGUACGCCAUUCUGAUUAAGCCAAUGAAUGCUUUUACCAGGCUGUAUGUGCGUCUGAAGGGCGAGCAUGCCUUGCAAAACCGGCACCUCGAAAUGCUCGGCUACAAGGUGAAGAUAAUCAGAUGGAGUGAAUGGGAAAAUCUGCUGUACGCUAAAGAACGAGUCGAUUAUAUCGAGCAACUAGUCUUUUCGUGAUUAGUUAUUAGUUUUAACAAUAAAUAUUUUUUUGUA